AUGACCCAAGAGCUGAACAUCCUCUAUGAGAGAAACUGGACCCUCCUGGCCGAGAGAAUCAUGAGGGAGUUUCAGGACGACAUUGUGGAGGCUGUGAGAGAACGUGGUUGGGACGGCAGGGAUGAGUUCAGUGAUGACGUCAAGUGGUCUUUCUCUGGUUCACUUCUUUACAGCAUCACGGUUAUUACUACAAUAGGAUACGGUCAUAUAGCUCCAAAGACAUCUCUAGGCCGACUGGUCACUAUGUUUUACGCCCUCCUAGGAAUUCCACUGACUCUCUUGUGCCUCACCAACAUCGGCAGUUCCUUCGCCCACUGUUUCCGCUUCUUCUACAAGUACUUAUGCCAGUUCAUGGUCUGUCUCUGCUGCCCCACCAGCUACAGCAAGAAGCGACACACCCAGGGUUCCAGCAGCACAAUCAUCACCUCGGGAAGUACGCGGUCAGUGGCGUCCAAGCGGUCCAAGGCCAGGGAUGCUGAUAUUAGCUUGGUGGAGCAAGGCAAUGGCGGGCAAGACGUGCCUGACAUUACCUACAGCGGCGAUGAUCUUUCUACUAAAAAAGUUACUUUCAAAGAGGAAAUCAGAGUUCCUAUGUCCGUGAGCCUCAUAAUCAUUACCAGUUACGUCUUUGGUGGCGCUGUCCUUUUCUCACUUUGGGAGGAAGAUUGGGACUAUCUUAUCGGAGCUUACUUCUGCUUUGUUACUCUUAGCACCAUUGGUUUUGGAGAUUUCGUCUUCGGCGCCGGGAAAGAUCUUGAUAACAACGAAAAACUGAUAACGUGUGCGUUGUAUUUAGUGAUGGGAUUGUCAAUCAUCGCCAUGUGUUUUAACCUCAUGCAGGAAGAAGUCCGGGCAAAGUUCACGUGGCUGGGUAUCAAACUAGGAAUCAUUGAAGAAAGAAAUAAAGGAUUAGGACGUGCUAACAAAUGA